AUGGGAGGAUGCGUUUCGAGAAAGUCGAUGGUUCCGACGUGGGUGGACACUGCAAGAACUAAUCGCCCCAUCAACAGUCGAUUUCUAUUCAAAAGAAGGGGUUUCUUUAGGAAACAAAGAAUCACUGGAGCCCUUGAUACGCGACGUUACAGGAAUUCCUACGAGCGCGCUCCGUGGUACGCCCUUGUCCAACUUUACUAUGCAGAACGAGAAGCAUGGGUGCGCGGCCGCGAAACAACAGUUGAGGAGGACAUGGUGUAUUCACUGCUUGGGAUGUUUGACGUUCACAUGCCACUCAUCUAUGGCGAAGGUCGAGAGAAGGCACAAGAACGGCUGCGAAGGAAGGUCCAGAAAGCGGUCAAGGGAACCCGUGCAAACGAUUUCUCUGUAUCCUUUAGCCUGUCUGAGGUUCCCGAAACUCAACAUUUCGUCGCACGAGAGAGCGAAAUUGCGAAGAUGCGCAGAACACUAGAUUCAGACGGCAGCCGCCGCGUCGUUGUUCUCCACGGUCUCGGUGGGAUUGGCAAGACACAGCUUGCCGUAGCAUAUACGAAGAGGUACCGAGACGAAUACUCUGCGGUGUUCUGGCUCAACAUUAAAGACGAAGCGUCGAUUUAA